AUGUUUUAUGGUACUGGACGCAAGGAAUGCGACCCUAAAGAUAAAAACGUCGUGAAUUUCAGCUUUUGCGACGACACCCCUCACCUAUCUGAUGCAUUUGGUGAAGGAGAGAAAGAUACCCUAACAAUCAUUGACGGUGAUAAUAUCCCACCAAAUAAGUUUGCUGUAGGGGUCAGCAUGUCGGGCAAAACCAUCUAUGUGGCGAAUGCGAAGUCGAAGAUGAAGCACGUGAUUAUCCCCAAACCAAAUUACUGGAUCAGCGAUAGGAAUGAAGUGACUGAGGGUAUGUAUGUUCAUGAUUAA